AAGCCCCAUUAAGACCUCUAGGAAUUUGAACAUACAAAGAUGGGCAGUCUAAUAGGACAUGUAUUGCCAGGAAUUGCUUUCCUUGCACUAGGUUUAUGGCAUCUCUUUAAUCACAUCAAACUCUAUUCUCUACAUCCAAACUCCUACACAUCUUCUCCUUGGUUCCCCACCUCAAAACUAAGGUACUUGGAGCUUUUCUUGAUCAUGGCAGGAAGCUCUAUCUCCAUUUCCAUGGAGCUUUUCAUUGGUCCUCGCAGACAUCAACCCGUUGAUCCUGAUGGAACCAUACCCUCAAAUCAUCUCAAAAACUUUGAGCACUCUUCAAUUUCAAUGCUUUUCUUGGUUUAUGCAUCUUUUGCAAUAAUUCUUGACAGAUUUAAGCCUAAAGCUCAACUAGGUCUAACACAACUUCUUGGAGCAGUAGCCUUUGGGCAGCAACUUUUUCUCUUCCAUCUGCACUCAACAGAUCACAAGGGUCUUGAAGGGCAAUACCGUUUGCUUCUCCAGUUUAUUAUAGUUGUUUCUGUAACUACUACGCUUAUGGGAAUCGGCCUUCCUAGGAGUUUCUUAGUUAGCUUUGUGAGAUCUGUUAGUAUUUUUUUUCAAGGAGUUUGGUUCAUAGUGAUGGGCUAUAUGCUGUGGACACCUGAAUUUUUACCUAAAGGUUGUGCACUUUACAACGAUGAUGAUCACCUUGUGAUUAGAUGUGACAGCCAAGAAGCAUUACAUCGAGGGAAAUCAUUAGUAAACAUUCAAUUCAGCUGGUUCCUAAUUGGGAUUGCGAUUUUUGCAAUUUCCUUUUAUCUGAGUCUGUUUGAAAGACUUGGCAAAAGGGUGCAGUACUAUUCUUCUCUACCAAAGCAAUUUGAAGAGAUGGAAGAAGAAUGUAUUGAUGUUGAAUCCCAAAAGGAAAAGAAAUCUGGUGAGUCCAAGGGUGCUUUCAUUCAUAUGGAAUCAACAGGAUUUGCAGCAUUCAUUAUGGAAAGGCAGAAGAUGUGACAUAAUUGAAGUUCAUGUAGUUUCCUGUGUCUAUAAAUUCGUUUGCUUGGUGGUAUGCUGCUUUGUGCAUAUGAAGGAAAAAAAAAAAAAAGAAAAAAACACUCGUGUAUUUGCAUUUGUAUUUGUAUGUUAGUGCAUAAAAUUGCACACUUGUUUACAUGCAUGUGAAA